AUGAUCAAGCAAAUGGAAAUUAUUGGCGACAGCAAGGUCGGCAUCCUCGAAGAAAAAGCAGAUGCUGUUGGCUUAUGCCGACAAAUCGCUCUGAACAAGGACAAAGAUGACAAUGAUGAUGCCUUCAUGCUUGUCGACCUGGACGUUGUAUUCGAUCGUUUUGCUCUAUGGAAACGUGAACUGCCAAUGAUUGAACCUUUCUACGCUGUAAAAUGUAACACCGACCUUGUCCUCAUCCGCAUCCUAGCCUCACUCGGAGUAGGAUUCGAUUGUGCAAGUCGCGAAGAAAUCGACAUCGUUAUGGACAUGGGUGUGACACCGGAUCGUAUCAUCUAUGCAAAUCCAUGCAAGACUCGAUCAUUCAUAACACAUGCUAAGGAAAGAAAUGUCACGAUGAUGACAUUUGACAAUGCUGAGGAACUAGAAAAAGUGGCAAGACUGCAUCCAGAUGCUGAAAUGAUCCUGCGCAUCGCUGUGUCGGACCCAACUGCCACUUGUCCUCUGAACCUGAAGUUUGGAGCAAAUCCAGUAAAAGAAGCGCCACAGCUACUCGUUCAAGCAAAGCAGCUGGGAGUUGAAGUCGUCGGAAUCAGUUUCCACGUCGGCUCUGGCUGUAAUGAUCCGACUGCCUAUCGCGAAGCCGUAGCCCAUGCAAGAAAUCUCAUGGACAUCGGAGAAGGACUGGGCUUCUGCAUGAAAAUUCUUGAUAUGGGUGGUGGAUACCCUGGAGCUGCUCAUCAUACUUCGUUCCAGAGUAUUGCAGCCGUAAUUCGCUCAGCAGUGGAUGAAUUUUUCCCGGAUAAUUUGGGCGUGAGGCUGAUUGCUGAGCCAGGAAGGUUCUUCGCAGCUGCGCCAUUCACACUUGUCUGCAAUGUCAUCCAUGCAACUGAAGUAUCUGCCGAAAAAAUUACAAAGAAAUCUGAAGAUUCCGAACAUCGCGGCUACAUGUAUUACAUCAAUGAUGGUGUAUACGGCUCUUUUAAUUGUAUCCUUUUCGACCAUGUUCACCCUGAAGGGACACCACUCUUUGACGAGAUAGCAGAAGAGUACCCGACCACCAUCUGGGGUCCCACAUGUGACAGUUUGGACAAAGUCGAAGAUAAUAAACACAUGCGUCGACUCCGCAUCGGCGAUUGGAUAAUGUACCCAAAUAUGGGGGCUUACACUUGCUCGGCAUCCACUACUUUUAAUGGAUUCCAAAGACCAACAGCUAUGUAUGUUAUUGGGAGAGAGAACUGGGCAAAAAUUUCUUCUUCGCUCUACGUUUAACGCGAUGACCACGAGCUGAAUAAACUCUAUUACCAAUUACGAACAAAAUUUCAUAUAUUGAUAUGUAGAUUAUUUUAAUAACGCCUGUUAACGCAUGAUAACAUAAGAAGAAUACAACAAAGAUGAGUAGUUGGAUUGAAUUGGUGAUAAAUCUCUUUGCUUCCAAUUAUUGCUUGAAUGCUUAUUAUGGUACAAAC